AUGGCUGGUUCAGACCUCCUCACCACCACCACGGUCGUUGCAGCUUCUUCGAUUGUUUACACAUCCGAAGAAAAACCGUUGGGGCUGCUUUAUUUGGUUCGGAGAUCUGUCAAGAUAUGUAAGAAGAGAGUAGGAGGUUGUCUGAUCACAUCUCUCUAUGUCCUACUCUGCAAAUGGAGCGCGGGAUGGAACAUGGGUAUGGUUGUUUCGGUCUUAGAGGAGGAUGAAGAUGGUCAAGGCAUCUACGGAAGCGAUGCUCUGUCUCUUUCAGCUUGGUAUGGAAGAGGACACGAGAAGCGUGACCUCUGGAUGAUGCUUGUGUUCUUAGUCCUCGCUCUUGCGAUGAGGAUACCAUGUUUAUACUCCAAAUGCAGUCAGAGUUGGAGUGGAAAUGGAGUGUUGUACACUGGUCUCUAUGUGGGUUUGAUUUGUGUAGGGAAUGUGCUUAAAUGGGUGGCUUGUGUUGUUUGUUAUCAUGAUUGUUAA